ACACUGUUAACCUCGGUAGCAGAAGCAGCACUCCACAGCUUGCCGGCAAGUCAUCUUUUCCACGAUUCCGCUCACGGUUCAUCGGUUGCCACCCGGUUCUGGUGCGCCGUCGCAGAGCGGCGGAGAUGGCCACCAAGGGGCGCAAGGUCGUCGAGGUCCGUGACGCGAGCAGGACGGACGGGAAGGGCGACGCCGCGGACGUCCACGUCGUCCGCGAGGGGAAGAGCGACCACGACACCGCCGGCGGCGUCGGCCACCGUGGCGCGAACAAGACGGAUGGGCAUGGCGACGCGGGCAGCAUGGUCGGGGACAUCCGGGGCAUCGACGGGAAGGACUCCCUGAAGAUCGUCGCGAUGCAGGCGCCGGUCACCGUGGAGCGCCCCGUCCGCGGCGACCUCGAGGAGCACAUCCCCAAGCCCUACUUGGCGAGGGCUCUGGCGGCGCCGGACAUGUACCACCCGGAGGGGACGACGGAUGAUCACCAGCACCACAACAUGAGCGUGCUGCAGCAGCACGUCGCCUUCUUCGACCGCGACAACAACGGCAUCAUCUAUCCCUGGGAGACUUACGAUGGGUGCCGUGCGGUUGGGUUCAACGUGUUCAUGUCCGCCUUCAUCGCGUUUCUGGUGAACCUGGUCAUGAGCUAUCCCACCCUGCCCGGCUGGCUGCCGAAUCCCCUCUUCCCGAUCUACGUGCACAACAUCCACAAGAGCAAGCACGGGAGUGACUCGGGGACCUACGACAAGGAGGGCCGGUUCAUGCCGGUGAACUUCGAGAACAUCUUCAGCAAGUACGCCCGCACGUACCCGGACAGGCUGAGCUACAGGGAGCUGUGGCGGAUGACGGAGGGGUCCCGGGAGGUGUUCGACUUCUUCGGCUGGGUGGCGAUGAAGCUGGAGUGGUCGUUCUUGUACGUGCUGGCUCGGGACGACGAAGGGUACCUGUCGAGGGAGGCCAUCCGGCGGAUGUACGACGGCAGCCUCUUCGAGUACAUGGAGAGGCAGCGCAUGGAGCACGUCAAGAUGUCCUAGAUCGCCGUGUGUCCGUCGUCGGUGGAUCUCGCAGGGGCGGAGCUGCACCCACCUGUGAUGCUUUCCGUGUCCUUGUGUGUAUGUACAGCAGGCCACAGAUCCAUGUGGUGAAAACAUAAAUAACGCGAUAUGAUAUGCCAUGUA